CUAACCUUCCCUUAGAAUCACCCACCCUCUAGGACUGUUCUAAAACCUAUAUUAAUUAUUAUAUUUUAUAACUAUUUAUUACACAAACCAACUGUUUUUUCACCCUACGGUCUGGCACUCUUUUUUUUAAUUUUUACUUUAAGAAAAUCAAACACUUUGGUUUUAGAUCAUCCGUACUGAUCAUCUAUUCUGUUGUCACGUUGGACUGGUGUCUAAUACCUUUUCCCACCACAGCUCACUCUCCAGGAAUUUCUUUUCAGAGAAUACAUCUCACGUUUUUAAAUGUCUGUGAUGAGGAAGAUCUUACGGAUUCCCAACCGAUCAGUGCUGGCCAUUCUUUUUCUAUUUUCUCUCUCAUCAUCCUUCCUGUAUUUUAUCUACGUUGCUCCAGGAAUAGUAAACACCUAUCUCUUCAUGAUGCAAGCGAGAGGUAUCAUCAUCCGGGAGAAUAUGAGAACCAUGGGGGCUCAGGUGUAUGAGCAGGUGCUACGCGGUGCCUAUGCUCGCAGAAACAGCAGCCUUAAUGACUCUGAUUAUUCACUUGAUUUUAACCACAGUGAGUAUCUUCAGACUACUACGUUCCUUCCAGAAAAUUUCACUUAUCUUCCAAAUCAACUAUGCCCUGAGAGACUUCCUUCUAUGAAGGGACAAAUAGAGGUGAAUGUGAGUGAAGUUCAAAUUGGUGAUAUCCACCAAGUUUUUGCAAAGGAUUCCAUCCAGUUGGGAGGUCACUGGAAGCCAAGUGAUUGUGUGCCACGGUGGAAGGUUGCCAUACUUAUCCCUUUCAGGAAUCGACAUGAACAUCUACCGGUUCUUUUCAAACACCUGAUUCCUAUGUUACAAAGGCAACGAUUGCAGUUUGCGUUCUAUGUUAUUGAGCAAACAGGCAACCAACCUUUUAAUCGUGCUAUGCUUUUCAACGUUGGCUUUGUGGAGGCAAUGAAAGACCUUGAUUGGGACUGUUUAAUAUUUCAUGAUGUCGACCACAUUCCUGAAAAUGAUCGCAAUUAUUAUGGAUGUCAAAACAUGCCGAGGCACUUUGCAGCGAAGCUGGAUAAAUACAUGUACUUACUCCCAUAUAAUGAGUUUUUCGGAGGUGUUAGUGGUUUGACAGUGGAGCAAUUUAGGAAAAUAAACGGUUUCCCUAAUGCCUUCUGGGGGUGGGGUGGCGAAGACGAUGACCUCUGGAAUAGGGUGCAAUAUGCAGGGUACACUGUAACACGGCCAGAAGGAGAUAUUGGAAAGUAUAAAUCUAUUCCUCAUCAUCAUCGAGGUGAAGUUCAAUUUCUUGGGAGAUAUGCAUUGCUAAGGAGAUCAAAAGAAAGACAAGUCAUGGAUGGGCUAAACAACUUGAACUAUUCCCCAAACAUUACAUAUGACACCUUGUACAAAAACAUAUCCGUACAUUUGACGCCAGAGCUGGCUCUGGUGGGCGAUUAUUAAGUAUGUUGUGACUUAAUAGCUCCUGCUGUGUCCUUUGCCAAGAGAAACAACCUUAGAACAUUCGAGGACAAUAAGUAAAAACAAUAGAUAAGUGUUGAUCCAAAAA